AUGGAUUCUCACCGAAUAAAUUUGGUUGUACUACUUGUCUUGAUAGUUACAUCAUUUGCUACAAAUGUUUGUGCCAAUGAAGAAAAGGUGAAGUUGACAGUUUACUAUGAAGCAUUGUGUCCAUCUUGUGAAGAUUUUGUCGUUAAUUAUCUUUACAAGAUUUUCGAAAAUGGACUGAUUUCUAUAGUUGAUCUCAAACUUAGUCCUUAUGGAAAUGCUAAAGUUGGUUCCGAUGGUACCAUUGUUUGCCAGCAUGGUGAAUGGGAAUGUGCGCUCAAUACUGUAGAGGCUUGUGCGGUUCAUGCCUGGCCUGAUGUGAAUGACCACUUCCCUUUUAUCUAUUGCGUGGAAAGUCUAAAUUAUGAAGGGAAGUACACCGAGUGGGAAACUUGUUUCGAUAAAUUAAACUUGGAUUCAAAACCCAUCACUGAUUGUUACAGCCGUGGCAUUGGACAUAAGCUUGAGCUACAAUAUGCAGAUGAAAUAAAGGCUCUUGAACCUCCUCAUGCUUACGUGCCAUGGGUCGUCGUUAAUGGACAACCACUUUAUGAUGAGUACACAGAUUUCAUAAGCUAUAUAUGUAAAGCUUAUAAAGGGACUAAUGUGCCCCAAGCUUGCCAAGGUUUAUCCUACCCCAUUACCGAUCUAAAGGACAUCGCAAAACCUUUUAAUCAUGUUUGUUAUAACGAAGACGGCAAUACAAUGUCAACAACAGCUUCUUGGAUACCUGGUGUUGGGAUGGUAGAAUCAAUGUAAGAUAAGAAUAAUUAUUAUAUGUUCACAAACGUCUUUUCCUAGUAACUUCUUUCGGGUACAAGGAUUUUAAGUGGUUUGCUGGUUAUAACAUAAGUUUAUAUAUAUAUAGGGGACAAUCAAAUAAGAACAGUUUUAAAAUAAGAAC